AUGACGAGCAAGGACUUUCGCGAUCAGCUUGGCAAAUUCCGCCUCGAGUCCCCCAACCAUGCCUUGUUGCCAGUGACAUGGUCGCAGCCCUCUGCAAAUGCGAUACCCAAGUCAUCCCCUCAUGGGGGACACCAUCCGUCCCCCGUUUCACCGUUGACACGCCCACCACCGUCCACACCACACUUGCCCCCACCACCGUCCGACUCAGUGUCGCCUCUUGACUCGACGGUCGCAACACCCACGGCCUCUACACGUAGUAAGCGCGUCUCGACCGCAUGCGACUUUUGCCGCAAACGAAAGAAAAAAUGCGACUUUCGAUACCCAAACUGCUCGGCGUGCACGCGUGCGGGGGUACGCUGUACCAUCCCCCCGCCGGGGCCACAGGUCGCGAGUGCCUCGGUGCCUCGCGAUCAACUGGAGACUCUCCAAAAUCGCGUCCAGUGGCUGGAAGAGGUGGUGCGCCGUAAAGUUGGCAUCUCGGUGGCUGAUCUAGCUACAGGCUCACCUGUGGACGCCGGGUCAGAUCCGGACUGGUGGUAUCGAGUGCCAGCAAUGAUCGCUUCGAGUGCAACUCGCUCGUCUCUCGCGCCACCACUACCAUUGUCCACGCCAUCCGCAAAGGCCACCACGACUACGCUCAGCCCCGUCGGGAACCAUUCGACCCCAACACCGCCUGGGCUAGCAGCGAUCGCGACCGAACCCCCCAUGGGAGUUGGUGUCGAGCUGCCUAACGUGGGCGAGAUUCUGCGCGACCAGUUGGAGAAUCGUCGCCCGUCGGUCGCAAGACCUGCCGUUGCACCUCGGGUUCUCCGUCUGUCCUCUCUGGAAGAAGUGGAACGAGUUGCAGGUCAAUACUUUGACAGCAUCGGGUAUCAGUAUCCGUUCCUGUCCCGCCCAGAGUUCUUCGGUCAUCUCAGACAUAUCUAUAUGGGCGGUGUGCCUGCACCGGAGGUCCACAAUACCUAUCACAUAAUCAUUGCCAUUGCCCUGUUGAUCGGGUCGGCAGAGUCGGCUCAAGCAGCCGACUUCUACCGUGCUAGCCAGGAGACCCUUCCCCAUGCUCUGCAAAAUGAGGAUCUUCCCUCGAUCCGGGCUCUUCUCGGACUGGCCUUGUAUUCCAUGUUCGCCACGUCCGGUCCGAGUAUAUGGCACGUCCUAGGAGCCACCCUGCGACUGGCAAUCAGCCUGGGCUUACACAAGGCUCGGCCGUAUCCGAGCCUGAUGGAAGAGGAGAUGGCCAAGCGUGCUUUUUGGAGUCUAUAUAACCUGGAUCGUCUGAUUGCCAGUACUCUGGGCCGGCCUUUGGGGAUCUCUGACGACGACAUUAGUGUUGGACUGCCUCGGGAGCUGAACGAAGAUGGGUUGGAAGCGCCCGGGGCCAGCACUAUGACGAUUCCCCUUCAAGUCAUUCGUCUUCGACGGAUCUUUUCCCGCAUCUAUCACUACCUAUAUAGCAAUCUCCCCCAGCCAUCUGCGGAAGAGGUUGCCGCCACACUAGGAGAGUUUCGCCGAGAAGUCGACGACUGGCGUGUUUCGGCUCCGGUGUAUCCGUCGGCUCUUCUCUACUCGACUUCAUACUAUGAUUAUCUGUAUUACACAACCUUGCUGUUGAUGUAUCGUCCGAGCCCUCGUAAUCCCACCCCGGACACACUGAGCAUCGUGAGCUGCGGAGAUUCCAGCAUACAGGUGAUUCGAUCGUACUGGGACAGCUACUCCGUCGGCAAACUCAAGUGGAUCUGGUUGACCCUGAGUCAGGUUUACUUUGCCGGCAUCACCAUCCUUUGGUGCUUGGAACAAAAUGCCCGGUGUCUCCAUGCGUCUCGCCCGGCUCCCUGGCACCCGGAUGAACAAGUGAUGCGACGGGCGAUCCAAGCGGUGGUUGUUCUUCUGGAGCAAUUCGGUAAGCGACGACCCGGCGUGGAUCGAUUGGCAGAGACCUUUCGGCACCAAAGUACGAUGAUCUUCAGCCAAAUGGCAUAUCGUCAGCAACAGCAGCAGCAGCAACAACAACAAACAACAACAACAACAACAACAACAACAACAACACAACACAACAACAACAACAAAACAACAACAAACAACAACAAACAACAACAACAACAACAACAACAACAACAACAACAACCACCACCGCAGGCCUUGUUGCAGCCGGCAUAUCGUCAGCCUCCGCAAAAUCCACCAAAUCUUCUUCCCCCGCAACUUCCCGUGACACUCGCUCCUCCGCCUCCGCCCCCGGUUCCGCUGGCCCCCGUGCUCGAUGAUGUGCUGCUGGUCGAUGGCAGUGGCGCGAUGCCCAUGAUUGACCCGCAAAUGGCCGAACAACUGUACUAUUCCUACAAUUGGUUUCAAGAGGAGAUGGCAAGUUACUAUACCCUUUGA